UUGCAUGGGGGCAGAUGGGAGACCUAACACAAAAUCUUUAUCGUGGUGUCAGGAGCUUCCUCUUCUUCAGUGGCAAUGCAGGGAGUCCGAUAUUAAAGAGUUGAAAUGGAGACUGCGAACGCUUCUCAUUUGUAGCUGUUGCUAGCUCCUGAGGGCAAUAUCAGGAUGACUGAGGAUUUGUGAUUCCACACUCUUCCUCAGAAGAGGAAAGUAUUAACAAUGUUGGGGUUUUAUGCAGCAAUAAAAGUCACGGGUCUGCAGUUACCGUGAGACCAAGGGGAGAGAAUCUGUACUUCACCUUUUAAGGAGCAAGCCUGUGUGGGCUAUGUUUCAUUUUACUAUGGCUUUCAUCUAUAAAGGUUUUCAGGUGUAUUGCUUUAAUAUUCCUCUUCGCAGUAACAAGGAUCAUCUCCUCUAGUUCUGGCAUUCAGCGCCUGUGCUUUAAUACUACGGAGAGAGAUAUGUACCUGGCCGGAGGCACUCUGUUUUAAGGCUACAAAUAGAAAUCUUUUCAUAAUGCUAUUCAGCAUGCUGUCUUUCUACCUGUGAAUAUUUUAGUUGUGAACGGCAGAAAAUAGUUUUAUGGGGUGUGGGAAGAAGGAUGGGGGCGUGGAGCACAUACUGGGAAUUUCCCAGCAACUGACAUAUGAAUUUGCUCGGGCCAUCAGCAAUUUAGAAUCACUUCUCCAAAAGUUUGCCACUUUCAAAAUUUUGCUGGAACAGUAGGGCUGCAUUAUGGUAGCUGUAGGUUUUGACUUGCAUUUUUCUACUGUUUUGUUCUUGCUGCUGGCAGUCACUGUUAGCCAUUGCUUGAAAUUGAAAUGCAAAGAACAUGAAUAUCCUUUUGGUGAAAGAUGCUGCAAGGACUGUGCCCCCGGUGAAAGAAUGAGAAGCCGUUGCACUGCAAGAACAGACACAGUCUGUGCUCCCUGUCAAGAUGAAUACUUUAGUAGCGAGCACAACCACAGCUUCUGCAAGAGUUGUACCAUCUGCAACACUAGAAAGGGGAGCGUGGAAGUGAAGAAGUGCGAGAAGACCUCUGACAGAGUUUGCAUGUGUGUUGCAGGUUACAUGCCAGAUAUCAGAUACACGCUGGGAAGUGCAUGCUUACCGUGUCCUGAAGGGUCUUACUCCACAGGGGGAAAUGAAAACUGUCAACCUUGGACCAACUGCAGCGUUCUUGGGAAGAAUACUCUUCGACCAGGGACAAAAACAUAUGAUGCUGUUUGCAGCAACCAUGUCACGCAGCCAGCUGUCUCUCAGAGUGCAACACCUGCUUUGAAUCUUUCCACCACUGACCACAAGAAUAAUACAUCGACCGCAGUGUUCUCACCACCCAGACCCAGUGUGGUUCCUUCCAUUUGCCUGGAUAAGAACAGCCUCACAGAGACCAACUGGGGGUCUUUAUCACUUAUCCUUAUUUGUCUGAUAUUGCUUAUGGUGAGCGGAAUGUCCAUCCUCCUGUUGAUUAUCCAAGCAGCCAAAAAAGAGACCAAGAAGAGGCCUUAUAGAAACAACCAUCAGGGAGAAAGGAGCUGCCGAAAGCCUAUCCAGGAAGAACAUAUUGACUCCAAUUCCAGCCUCAUCAAAAGCUGACUCCACAUUACGUUACUGUUCCCUGCAUUUUUGAGCUGAUUGAUUGCAACAAGUAAUGUGGCAGCAUUCCGUGGCGCUGUGUGUGGGUGUGUGUGACUGUUUAAUUGCACUUCAGUUCCGUUGAGUCUCGUUCAGCAGCCCCUUUGGCAUUAGGACCCAGGGGAGUAGCUGUUCUCGGUGGAAUUGUGUGAUUCUUUCUCUUAGGCAGAUCCUGUGUUGCCAGAACUAACAUGAUAUAGUCCUCUGUGCGUUUCUAGCCAGUUCUGUAUGUAGUGAUGUCUUUGGACUGAAGAAAGUGUUUUUGAAGCUGUCAGAGCUGAUCAUUGAGCAGGCAGAAAAACAGGGAAAUCCAGACCUGCUUUAUGACUGAGUUUAUGUCUUGUCUUACAAUUCUGAGAUGCAAAGCAGAGCAUGUCUCCCUCAGUUUAUGUACCUCCAGGUGUUUCAGUCUAGUUCUCAAAUGAACUCUCCUCACUUUAGGUGGAGAAUCUCCCCUGAUGAACCUAGGCAACUGCCUUAGUGCUUCCAUUUUUUCAAGUUAAUUCUUCUUAAUCAUGUGGAGUGGCAUAUGUCAGCUGUGCCUCCAGAGGUAGUUGUCAUUGCUGGUAACUCGUGCUGGCCAUGCUCCACAACAGCACUGAAAUUCUGGUGCUAGCUGACUGUUGAGAGAUGCCAAUUCUCUCUUUUCUGUAUUUCUUCAAACAUACCCCUUGAGAAAAUGUAAUGUUAAUGUCUUGAGCAGUAAGUACCCUUGUUGUCAGGCCAACAAAUGGAAUUACUCAUGAUCAUCGGGUAGCUUCAGAUCUCCAAGUGUUUGGAAAUCCAACGGGGAUCUUCAUGUGAGUGGAAAGUAGAAUAUGUGGAUUGUCAGAAGGCAAAGGGAAUGGUAGUUUCUGACUGGAACAUUAUUAGUGGAAAACAGUUUUAAAAACAAAGUUGAGUACCACUUGUCUGCACUGUUAACUGUAGAAGUUGCCGUGUAUAACUGAUGUUUGAUCUAUGAGCCCUGUGCAGCCGACGUGUGUGCUUCCUCUUGGACAUUCUGCCAAAUACCCUGGUGUGCCAGUCAUCAGCAAGGCUGCUUCAGUCAAGCUUGGAUUUCUCCACAGUAAAAUUCUUUAGCUUAAACCACUUUUAUGGCACUUGAUUGCUUGCUGUGGAUGGAGGGAGAAACCCGCAAGCAAGUUUGGUUCUAGAGAGUGUUCUGUGUUUGGGGAAAGCCUGUUUAUGUCUUUAGGAGCACGUACAUGGACUUCUAGAGUUUUUCUGCUGAUGAAUGGUAAUUUUUGUGAUGGUUCAGAAAAGAGUUAACACCUUGGAUGUCCUUUGAUAAGAGGCAAGAGUGGAAUUCUUAACGCAGUGCUGGUGAUCUGGGCCUUCGAGGGUUGCAUGUGAGCAAAGAGGUGCAAAGCUGAUGUAAGAGUGGAUAGAUGCCUAAACCAUGCCCUGACCUUCCGUCUGGAUGAUCACCUUGUGCAUGCUGUCAGUGGAACCUGUGUUCGGAACUGAAGAAGUGUUCUUGGUGUGGUCUAUACGCUGUUAAAAUACUUGGUUCUUUGCCUGUACACUAUGUGAGAUGAAUUUUACUUCUGUGAUGUUUUUUUCCGGAAGUUAAUCGGUCUGGAGUUUUGGGAAAGCAUUCAAAUUUUAGAUGGGGAGUUCAAAAUCUAAAGUGUCUGAGAGAAACCGGAAUUGUUAUUGUGAAUAGCUUUUGGUGUAAAUUAAAUACCUCGGUGUAAAAGUUCAGGAAGUAAAAUUGAAAGUUAUAUAAUACAGAAGUGUUUUUUUCACUUCAAAUACAGCUCCUUGGUAGAUAGCUCAUUAGAGAUAAGUGUUUUAUAUAUGCAGUACCAAAGCAUAUGCCAAAAUAUGCAACAGGAAAUGUAUUCAAGAAUACAAUUGGUGUCUAGGAACAUGUUUUUAAACAUAAUUUUUUUAUAUGUUAUACAUAUGGUGUACUUGGCAAUAAUUUCCUAUUUUGAAGUGCAUAUACAAUGUAUAUAAAUAUUUGUAUUGUAUACGAAGUGUGAUAGUGACUUUUUGAAAUAAAUUGUGGUAGCAGCUAGAUGCACAUGUAUGAUGUGUAUGAUUGGAGAGUACAAAUGGGCAGUUAUUCCCUUGUGUGUAUAAUUCUUAGAGAAAGCAGGAUCACCAAAUGGUCGAUCCAGUGGUUUUAGCAGGCUUUGCGUUCAUGUGCUGCCUUGCCCCUGGCUUUCUCUGUGACAUGAGAAAGCUCUGUGUAGUGUUUUUCUCUGUACAUCUGGCCUGGCAGCAGUUCUGCCCUGCGAGUUGCUGGAACGUUCAAGAUGUGACUGCUCAGCCCCUUCAAAAACACAGAGCCCCUGUAGUGAAGUUAGUGUGCGUGACCUAAAUGCUGUCAUCUUGCAGUGAGCUGGAUGACAAAGUGCACCGGAUCAAUCUGAGAGAUGGAUUCCAGGGAACACCCAACAAAUUCUCAGAAAUGAUGCUUAUCGAGUUUGUAGACUGUGCUUGAGAGAAAGUACCCCGUUUCCAUGUAACUGAGCAAGGUGCAGAUAGCUAGUGAGCUGUCUGAGGUUGUGGGUUACAUGAUGAAAGCCCGCAGGAACAGAUGAGCUGUUGGCUUGACAGAAGUGCUGCUGUGGCAGCAGAGCUCCUCUGUGGCGUGGGCUCAUCAGCUGUUUCCACGAAUCUCACUUGUUUUCUGCCCUCUGGCUCAGCUGCACAGGAAGAUCACUGACUGCACUGUGCUCUUGUGCCUUCCCACAGCCUCCUGAUGGGGAGAUUUCCUGCAAACUAGGGCAUGGGGUUCUCUCUGGCUGAAGAAGGAACUGAUGUCAGUCCUGGAAGUGCACAGCAGAGGUAGGGUAGCUGAGGUUCAAGUUGCAUUUCCACUUAGAAAAUUGAAGAUUCAGCAUGCGUGUGGCUGAAGGCCUGUAACAGCAAGCCCUCAGGGGCUGGAAUUGCUGCCUUUUGUGCUAAUGCAUACCUGGGAGCCAGUCUGAGCUGCGCCUCCUUGGAUAUACUGUGCCCAGACACAUAAUCCCAUUAGAAGAGUUAAACCCUAAUAACAUUUGAUAGGGUUGGAGGCAUUUACGAUUUGAUUUUUUUUUGGAGGAUUUGGGUGUUGGUAGAUUGUCAGUUUAAAUAAACUAAUUAGGUAUUUCACUCUAAAUAAAGG